CGAAUUUCAAUGAUGUUGAUGGCGAACAAAAUGUGUCAUAUUAUACUGUAUAUGAGUGCACUGGUAUAAAUGAAACAGAUAUAAUAUUAUAUGAAGCAAACGAGGACGCCUCCCAUUCACAGACAGUUAAUAACUCGCCAUCUGAAGAUCGCGGAUACAAAUCUGCAUUGUAUGUAGAAAGAGAAGUACCGCCGUAUAUUAAAUUAUCCGAUCAAAUUUCAAACGAAAAUUCUGUAUUAUAUGAUGAAAAUGAUUUCAAUUACAAUUUGAGAAUAAUCAAACAGGAACAUUUCGACGUUAUAAAUCACGAAGAAAAUUUUAUUGAUGAUAUGGAACGCACUGACACAUAUGAAAUAGGACACGGAACCGGAACGUUUGAGGAUGACAUCCAAUCACAGAGAUAUUCUUUAAUUGUCGCAGAGGAACCAGAUGGUGAGUUAAGAAGCUUAUAAGUAAAUAAAUAUAAGUUGUUCAUUAAGAUUGUAGUGAACAAGUCGCCGAAAACUUUUUACUUUAAUUGUUAUUUUUGGUAUAUUUAAGCAACAUAAUAUUAUGUCCGAUUUCGGAGUAUAGCAUUAUACGAAUUAUG